AUGUCCUUCGUAUCCUAUCUGACCUACUUCCUUGUGGGCUACACCGCUCUCGUCAUCGGCUUCUACAUGCUCUCCCUCGCCACGCCGAAAGCUGCCUUUGUGGCCCGCACGCUCGCCGGCUACCUGGCGCUGAUAAUAUGCACCACGUACGGAGUGAUAGUGUCUAUAGUUAUGCGCAUACUCGGAUGGCAUGGGAGCGCGCAGUGGAUGACCGGCCGCUCUUUCAAAUAUGUCAUGGCUGCAACCACGGGCAUCUCGUUUGAGGUCAUCGACCCAAAGCGAAUCCUCGACAACACCCGACCGGCCGUAUUCAUCGGUAACCACCAGACCGAGCUGGAUGUUCUCAUGCUGGGCACCAUAUUCCCCAAGAAUUGCAGUGUGACUGCCAAGAAGAACCUGAAGAACGUACCCUUCCUGGGAUGGUUCAUGUCGUUGAGCGGAACCGUCUUCAUCGACAGGAAGAGCUCCAAGGACGCCCGGCAGGCCAUGGCCGGUGCUGCCAGGGAAAUCCAGAGGAGGAAGCAGAGCGUCUACAUGUUUCCCGAGGGGACUCGAAGCUACUCCAAGGAGCCUGCGCUCCUGCCGUUCAAGAAGGGCGCUUUCCACCUUGCCGUUCAGGCGGGUGUGCCCAUCGUCCCGGUGGUGGCCGCCAACUAUUCCCACAUCCUCUACAUCAAGGGAAUGGUCUUCAAUGCCGGCAGAAUCCCCGUUAAAGUCCUCGACCCCAUCCCCACGACCGGAUUGACGACCGAAGACGUCGAAGAGCUCGCUCGCAGCACUCGGGAACUCAUGCUUAAAGAGAUUGUGCUUCUGACUCAGGUUGCCCAGAACAAUCCCUUUGCGGUGCCUGCGAAGAUCGAAGACGGGGUGGUUCAUGCUAGUGGAGUGGACGCAACUCUCUCAUGA